GACCCGGAUACCAACAAGGCAGUUCUUUCUGCUACCUGCCGUGUGGGAUCUAGCGCCGCCUCAACCCACACUAGGGAUGGCAAGCGCGCUUCCCGUGAUCGGAUGGACGAGAAGAGUAGGGUACUAUGUGACGAAACUCGACUGCUACGCUGUUCAACCGAGGCAUCUUGGCUAUAG